AUAAAGGCGUGUUUUAUUAUGGAGCAUGCCUGGACAUGUCUCGUCAGAUGUGCUUUAUGAAGCUACGCGUGGCAACCCUGCACUCAUCGAGAGACUCGAGGAGAGAAGCAGAUCGACGGCUCGAAUGUGAAUAUCAGCAGCUCCACACAAUGCCUCUGGCCAAAGAUCUGCUGAACCCGUCCUUUGAUAUUGAAAGAAGACAGCAUAAGAAGAAAAGGCUUGUGCAGAGUCCCAACUCGUACUUCAUGGAUGUAAAAUGCCCAGGUUGUUAUAAGAUCACGACUGUGUUCAGUCAUGCGCAGACGGUUGUGUUGUGCGUCGGGUGUUCAACAGUGCUCUGCCAGCCCACAGGAGGAAAAGCAAGACUGACCGAGGGUUGUUCUUUCAGAAGAAAGCAGCACUGAGAAGAAUGAAAAUGAAGUGAUGCUUUGAAUACAAAGAUUUGUGCAACUUCUUAAUGCCUUAAUUUUUCAUUGAUUACAGUGAAUGGACUUAAAAUAUGAUUAUGAAUGAUGCAUGGCAGGUUCUUUCUACCAUCAGUUCAGUGCUUCUUAAUACAGUUUCUUUUGCAUGAUACAAUUGCAUCCUGCAAUUUAAUCCAAACAAAGAUAUUGAAAACAGUCAGUGCUGCAUUUUCAGUUUAAUUUCUCAUCCCAUGUGAUAUUCAGCUCCUCGGCGUCAUGUUAUGUAAUUUAUCUUUUAUUGCUGAAACCUUUCAUAUCUAUCUGCACUACCAUUUAAGUUUGGGGAGGGUAUAGAUUUUCGGCAAGUCUCUCAAGCUCACCAAGGCUGGGUUUAUUUGAUGAAAAAAACAGUAAUAUUGUGAAAUAUUAAGAUCAUUUAAAAUAACUUUUUUGGUUUUAUGAUGUAGUUUAUUUCCGUGAUGCAUACUUUUUUUCAGCAUCAUUACUCCAGUCUUCAGAGUCACAUGAUCCUUCAGAGAUCAUUCUAAUUUACUAAUUAGGGUUUCUUAUUAUCGAAACUUAUUAUUUUUGUGGAACCCUUUUUUUUCCUCAGGAUUCUUUUGUGAAUAUAAUAUUCAAAAAAGCAGCAUUUAUUUAAAGUGGAUUUUUCUUUACUAUAACUUUAUCGAUUUGAUGUAUCCUUGUUGAUUAAAUGUAUUGAUUUCUAAAAAAAUAAAAAAAAUCUUACUGACCCC